UUUUUGAGGGGAAAGCCUCCUUUAGAAAUGUUCUUUGCUUGUUCUCUAGGGUUUUGGCAAAUUGGCUGUACCUUGCCGUGUGGCCAGUGCUUUUCUUGCUCGUAUCUUACGAUAUAACCCCAAACGAAGUUCUAUGAGCAACGACAAGCAUAAUCUCAACAUGGCGGAUCUCAGCUCUGCUCUUAACGAGGAGGAUCGAGCUGACCUAGUCAAUGCUCUCAAGAAUAAGAUUCAGAGUUUGGCUGGUCAACACGCAGAUGUUUUGGAGAGUCUAUCGCCCAAUGUCCGGAAGCGUGUUGAGUUUCUCAGAGAGAUUCAGAGUCAACAUGAUGAAUUAGAGGCAAAGUUUUUUGAGGAAAGGGCAGCUCUAGAAGCAAAAUACCAAAACUUGUAUCAACCUUUGUAUGCAAAGCGCUUUGAUAUUAUAAAUGGUGUUACUGAAGUGGAAGGAGGAGCAAAUGAAACAGCAGCUAACACAGAAGAGGAGAAAGAGAAAGGUGUACCUGUUUUCUGGCUCACUGCAAUGAAAAAUAAUGAGGUGUUAGCUGAGGAGAUUUCUGAGCGAGAUGAAGGCGCGCUCAAGCAUCUUAAAGACAUUAAGUGGAGCCGGAUAGAAAACCCUAAAGGAUUUAAGCUUGAGUUUUUCUUCGAUACCAACCCUUAUUUUAAGAAUUCUAUCUUGACCAAAACUUAUCAUAUGAUUGAUGAGGAUGAACCCAUACUAGAGAAAGCUAUUGGGACGGAAAUUGAAUGGUAUCCAGGAAAGUGCUUGACACAGAAACUGCUUAAGAAAAAGCCUAAGAAGGGUGCAAAGAAUGCUAAACCAAUUACCAAAACUGAAAAUUGUGAAAGUUUCUUCAAUUUUUUCAAUCCACCUGAGGUUCCUGAAGAUGAUGACGAUAUUGAUGAAGAUAUGGCUGAGGAACUUCAGAACCAGAUGGAACAAGAUUAUGAUAUUGGGUCCACAAUAAGAGACAAGAUCAUUCCUCAUGCUGUAUCAUGGUUUACUGGGGAGGCCAUUCAAGGAGAGGAGUUUGGAGAUCUGGAGGAUGAUGAGGAUGAUGAUGAAGACAUUGAGGAUGAUGAUGAUGAAGAGGAGGAUGAAGACGAAGAGGAGGAUGAGGAUGAGGAUGGAGAUGAGGAAGAGAAAAAGAGCAAAAAGAAGUCAUCAGCACACAAGAAGAGUGGAAAAGUGCAAGUAGGAGGUCAGCCAGGCGAGCAACCUCCAGAGUGCAAGCAGCAGUAGCAGAGGUUGUUCUGUUGAGUUUGUAGCUGUCUUUAGGUACCUGAAUGAGUGCUGCUGGGUCAAGAAUGGGUGCAGGUGAUAGCAGUUUUUGAUGGUUAUUUAUUCAUUUUUCUCUCAAUCUUAUAUGAUCUGAGUGGUUUUGAGAGUUCUCUUCUAUUUCCCAAAUCUUUCUGCAGAGAAUGUGGUUAGAUAUAGUUAGAGAUGUGAUUUAUUAUUGCUGGAAUUUGUAUCUCGAACACUUCUAUAAAAGUUAAUUUUAUUGUC